CUGUCUGUGCAGGACAAUUCGUGGAAAAACCUCGUGCGCUCCGCUAUACAACGGCAGUCGUGUACUCUUUAUUACGUUCGUCGUCGUCGUCGUCGUCACCAUAGUUUUCGUUCGUCGUGCCAUAUUCGAUAAUCGUCGUCGUAGAUCCGAUCGAAUCGAAUACAAAAUCAUAUUAUAUUAUCCACAGCAAUGUCGAGAUCAGCUGCAGUCAUAUUUUUGGUGGCUAUCGUGUCCUCAUCGGUAGUGGCUGAAGAGCCCGAAGCCCGUAAGAUCGACACCGGUCUUGGAGACGUCAGAGUUGUGUUCAAGGUGUUCCAGGACUGUUCAAAGGCGCAGUUUGGACCAUGUAUCAAGCACAAGUUGUUGACGGCCCUCGACCGGAUCAGCGAACAACCGGAAAUGGAAUUAUUCGAUGGCGUCCGAUUAGUCAAGGAUCCGGCUGUUGCUCUAAACGACGUCGACCAUGACAUGUCUUCGGCCAGGUCCGCGGGUGACGAUGAAACGACCAGUCUGGACACGCUGGUUGUCGACAGAGUGGUGAACUUUUUCAAAAGCCGCAAUCUUCAGUUCAAGCUUCUUGACAACGAACCCAGAGAUAUAGCCGAUGGUCGCAAAAAGAGCAACAAGUACAACUCGAUGCUCAUGUACCCGUUCAUGAUGGGCGGCAUGACCAUACCGUUGGCGUUCGGAGUGCUCGCUCUGUUGGCCGGCAAGGCGCUGAUCAUCGCCAAGCUGGCGCUGGCCCUGUCCGCCAUCGUGGGCCUGAAAAAGCUGUUCAGCGACCAGGGGGGCAGCAGCCACGAGCACAUCACGUACGGAGGCAGCGGUGGCCAUUACCGCAGGAGCCUUCCCGGCGAACCGGUGGCCGCGUCCAACAUGGCGUACAGCUCGUACAUGCCCGUCUACGAGGAGCCCAUCCGGAGCACCAMGUCCAACGCGAUCCCUCUGCGAUGAUCGACGACGGAGCCAACACGACGACCACCGAUCACGUAACGAUUAUUUAGUGACGAAACGUAUUAUACUUACAUCGUACACCGUGUAAUAAUAGGUACGGAAGUCGAUGGUUAUUAUUUAUUGUCAUACGGUAUACCGCACUUGUGGCGGUAUAACAUUUUUUUUUUUACAUUAUUAACUAGCAUUAUCAUURCAAUUAGACGUUAAGUAUUAAUAUUAUCAUUAAUAUUGUUAUUAUAUUAUUUAUUUUGAAUCGAAUAAAUUUGAUCUGCCUCUGAAACGACGA